GAUGACUAUUCCGAUUUACUGAGUUCGAUAAUAAAACAUGACAUGAAACUUUUCUUACUCACCCCCGUUUCUGCUAAAAACUGCAGAUACAAAGAUCUUUAUGGGAGUUCGCUGAUACAAAUGUGGAAUAUGCAGUCAAACGAGAAGAUCUUCGCUAAGGCUCUUCGCACUACUCUCAUUGUUUUGUUUAUUCUUCAGUUGGUAAGUGAUAGUUACUGGCUAAUUAAGUCAUUUAAUUGUGCGAAUAAGGCAGGAACAGAAUCAAUAAUUCAAUCAAAAUUGAUUAGAAAUCAUUUAACUAAUACUAAUAUACUAUUAUUAUACUUACCUUAUUAAGUUUUGAAAAUAUAAAGUAGUUAAACUCAGGAGGAACAAUAGACAAUAAGAGACUAUAGACCUAGAAGUCAACAAAAGUUGUCCAAAGUUUGUUUUGUAUCGCAACAUGACAUUAGUAUUAGUAGGUCCUAUGCCUAUACUAUGGACCAGUAUUGACCAUGGACGAGAUGGUUAUAGUUAUACCGUUAUAGUUAUAUUAUUUAAAAUUUAAAUAAAAUAAAGAGACUCUUACUGAAGACUGAAGUAAAUCAUACUCAUACUCUUAUUAUUCUAUUAGUAAUUAGUAUUUAAGUAGUAUUGACAGUAUUGGUCUUAUUUAGUUGUAGUUGUAGUAUUUGAGUUUGACUGAAUCACUGGGUGCCAUUUAAAUUUUAAUAUGAGUAUGAGUAGGCCUAAUUAAAGUCUUUUACUUUUAGGCUAGCAUAGGCAAAAUUAUAAUUUCCUUGACAAAAUUUAUUUUAAUGAAUGGUGCGCCUCCCCCCCCCCCCCCCUUUUUUUUUUUUUUCCAUCCAAUAAAUUGCCAGGAACAUCAGAUGGUGACUCAUUAAUUUUAAUUUUAGCAUACUAAACUAAAUUUAAAGAGGUGAUCAUUAUUUAAGUGUUGUUAAAUUGAAAAUUCCAGUCGGCCCAUGCUUAUCCAGAUGGAACUACAUUAAAACACUUUACAGUUAAUCCAUCCAUGUCUGUGGCACUACAACCGGGCCCUUGUAGGGCAUUUGGCCUGCUUCCCCACUUCCUUCCAUGUAACCUACUUGGGGCUUUUCUUUUCCAUGUCUGAAUUUCCAGCUGCUGUAGAUCUUUUUCCACAUCAUCCAUCCAUCUAAGCCUAGGUCUGCCUUUGAGCCGUUUGUCUCUGGGGUUUUGGUGGUGCACCCACUUCACUCCUCUGUCAUUUGGAGUUUUUUUUAAGUGUCCCGCCUAGAGAAGCCUGCCCUUGUUUUUGUCUGCUACUACUAUGGGGUUCUGAUAUAGUCUAUACAAUUCCUGGUUGGUUCGUAUUCUCCAUUCAGAGGCGUAGCGUGGUGGGGGCAGGGGGGUACAGAUGUCCCCGGGCGCGAGCUAGUUAGGGGCGCCAAAAUAUGCUUUGAUAUUAUUUUAUUGAUGAAAAUAAUGGGUUUGAGAGUUGAAAAAAAGAAAAAGGGGCGCUAAAAAUGGAUCUUGUCCCCGGGCGCCAAACACCGUCGCUACGCCACUGUCUCCAUCCAUAUUCAUCCUUAGUUUGUUCUUAUAUUUUCCAUGUUUAAUAAGUUUUCUACUCUCUUCGUUUCACUUGUGUAUUUUACAACUGGUAUGAUUACAGUUUUAUAUGUAGUUUUCUUUGUUUUUCUUGUAAUGGUUUUUAAUUUUUAGUAUUUUGUGUUACUGAAGUAUGCCCCGUUUCCUGCCAAUAUUCUUUCUUUUAUUUCUAUUAGUAAUUCAUUUCUUUCAUUUAUUAAGGAUUCUAGAAAUUUCAAUUUAUUUAAUUAUUCAUAAGUGUGGUUUCUAAUUUUAAUUUUUUCAUUUGUCUGUUCUUCUCUUAACAUAGUCAUGUUUUUUGGUUGUAAACGUCCAGUCCUGCUUUGAGUGAUACAUUGUCUAAUUUAAUAAAAGCUUGUGAAAGGCUUUUUCUACUGUUUCCUUACCUGGCUAUGUCUUCAGCAUAUUCAAAAUACUGAAGGGGUUGGUUGUAGAGAGUGUCUAUUGGUCGUUGGUCUUGGGUUGUCCCUUCAGAAAGUGUCCUGUGAUUGUUUUUGAGUGUCAAUAUGUUUGCUUCUUAUAACCCUAAUGUUGGGUUAUAUAGCAUACAAGACAGUGAGUCUCCUUGUCGUAUGCCUCAUCUAAUCUGAAAUUUCUUGAAGUCUCCCUGAACCUUGAUUUUGCUUUUUGAGUUGUUUAAUGUUAUAUGUAUCAGUCAUAUUAGUUUUUUGGGUUUGCCAAACUCCAGCAGAGUCUUAUAUCGAUAUUUAUUUUUGAUUCUGUCAUAGGCCAUUUUAUAGCCCACACAGAGUUGGUGUACGGUACUGGGGUGUUAUAUUCUUAACAUUUUUCUAAUAGACAAAUGACAGUGAAAAUAGUAUCAGUCAAUGUUCUGUUUUGUCAAAGUCCUCAUUGGUAGUCGCCUAGUAUAUGUUCAGUGUACAGUUUUAUUCUCAUAGCAAUUAGUUUUUUCAGUAUUUUGUAUGUAACAUUUAAAAGGAACAUUCCUUGUUGUUUGUGCAUUGAAAUUUGGAAACUUUUUUGUGUAUUGGGGUUAUAGUGCUGUUCCCAUUCUGUUUGAAUUUUCUCUUCUUGCCAAAUUGUAUUUAUAAGUUAUGUGUAUGAGUGUGUUUUUCUGUUUCUCCAUAUUUAAUCAGUUCUGCUGUGAUGAGGUCUUCUCCAGUUGUUUUUCAUAGACUUUAUUACUUCUGUAGUUUCUUCCAAAUUUGGGGAGUUUAUGAAAGGGUUUGGUCCUCCAUGUCCAUGUGGAGGUUGAUCAUCUUCAUCUUGUCCACUGUCUGCAUUUAGUAUGCCCUCAAAAUAUUCAGCCUACCUGUCCAGUACUUUACUAUUUUUGGUAAAUAAUUCACCAGCAUUGAUCUCAUGCAUUUGAUGUUAUCUAUUAUUGAAGUCUUUUAUUUAUGUACCGGGUACAUUUAUAUUUCUCUCCCUUGAUCGGUAUUCUAUUUCUUUUAAUAUAGCUUUUUUUUUCCAUUCCCUUUCCUUCUUCCAGUACAUUUUUGUGUUGUUUCUCGUUUCAUUGUAUAUUUGUCUCGUCUUUCUGGUUUCCCUUUGUAUCAUGGUCAUUCAUGCAUUGAACCUUUCUUUGACAGUCUCUCUGCAUCCAUUAUCAAACCAGCCUACUCUAUUGUUAGUUAGCGGUAAUCCUACUACUUUUUCUGUUGAUCCUUUCCUAGCAUUUUUUAUCCUAAACCACUGUUCAUUUGUUUUUUUCCCCUGUUUAUAUUCGCCUGUAAUGCUUCUAGUUAUGCUUGUACUUUAUUUUGGUAAGCUAUUGCGGUUAGUGGGUCUUUGGUAAGCUUUUGGUAAUCAUAUACUGGUAGUUCUCUUUUGACUUUGGCUGUUAUGUAUUAUGCUUAUUCUCUGCUUAUAUUUAACUAUUUAACCCUUAUAAGUAGAUGGUCAGAGUCUGCAUCUGCUCCUUGAUAGCUACUUACAUCUGAUCCAUACCUAUUGUUGAUUAGAACGGGGUCAAUUUGGUUGUGAGUGAUUCGAUAUGAUGAUCGCUAUUUUAAUUUCAUGUUGUGGUACCUCCCCGUAGAUCUUUUCCAGCAUCUCAUUAAAGGAUUCUUUUAUCUGACCUUCUGUAUCUUCAGUGGGAGCAUGAAUAUUUAUAAAUGCUUUAUUAAAUAUUUUUCCCUCAUAUACAAAGAAUACAGUUUUUUUAAUUCUCUGGUUUAAAACCUAUGACUGCAAUGAUGACUUCUCUCUUCACUGCAAGUCCAAUUCUAAGAGUGUUAGUGUUGUUGCCACUAUACAAUAUGGUGUAGUCUUUUGUUUUCAGGAUGUGGGAAUUUUUUCAAUUGAAUUUCUUGGAAUGCAGCAAUAGAGAUUUUAUAAUAAAUUAGUUGAUCUAUUAGUUGGCUAAGGCUCCUGCUCUAAACAUGCUUAGUACAUUCCAGGUGGCAAUAAAAAAAAUUAUGUCCAUAUCCAGGCAUAUUGUUGAUUUCUAUUAGAAUCAGUCUGGGUUUUAUAUUGUUUGUCUUUUGUAACGAUUGUCUUUACAUGGCCGGGUUGGUAGCCCUGCACACUACCGUCUGAGGGUCUGCCUCUUACCGCUCUCUUGGUAGCUGCCUUAAUUUUGGGGUAAAGUUCCCUAGCCUUCGUAGAUGCCUCCACUUCCUACAAGGCAGUAGGUUCUGAUUUUGGUCCGCAUCGGGUAUUUUAUUUCCCCAGUACCCACCAUAUCUGGUGGGCUUUUCCCUAUCCACCACCUGGUGAAGUGCUCUAUGCAAGAUCAGUAUUUACGCAAACGUUAGAAAAAGUAUUUAUUUAUUUUUCAAAUAGUUUGUCUUAUAUUUUCGUUGAUAUUAAAAAGGAUUCUUAGUUUUUCAUUUAUACCACAAUGGCGCUGUUAAUAACAAAAGAUGCAUGUACUUUUUUGAUCUCUUCCAUUUAUUUAACAGUUUAUAUUUUGUGACAAAAAGACAAUAUUUGAUUUAUAAGUCUGUUUAAUAACGAAACAAGUUGAUUAUUGACAAAGAAUAAAUUCAACCAUGAAACAAAAAAAUGUGUUUACAUUAGCAUUUAAUUUAAUACGCUAAAAUAAGAGAUCACCCCAUCACAUGAAACCAAAUUAUUUAUUUUCAGUAUUUUUUAAAUUAUUUUUUCCAUUGAAUAAAUAUGUUCUAUCUUUUUAUACAGUUAAGCACAGUCGAAAGACAAAUCUUCGAUUUCCUGGGUUACAUGUGGGCACCUAUCAUUGGCAACUUCUUUCAGAUAAUUGUUGUCAUCCUUGGCAUUUUUGGAGCAUGUAAUUUUUACAGGUCUUUUAUUGUUGUGGUAAGUAUUAGGGUUAGAGUAUUUUUCUACAGGCUUACGUAACUAUAUCUGAGAAAUAAUCCAUGCAUUGGAAUAAUAGUGUAUGUUCCUACACAAGCAACUUAAAAAAAUUAGCAAUGUACACAUCAGCUUUCCAAUGUGCCACUUGUGUGCUCUAUGUAUAACAUAAUUAAUUGGAUAUCAUUGUACCACUUGUGUGCUCAAUGUGUGGCAAAAUUGAGGUCACAUUAUAAAGAAACGGGAAUUUGUUUUUAAUGUUCUAAUCCUUGAGAUGAUCCACUUUUCAGUAUGCAACUUGGAACUUGUUGUGGCUCGGUUGGAAUAUAUUUGUCAUCUGCCUCUAUUUGGAAGUUGGAAUAUUGAAUAGGGUAAGUAAGAACAGCAAAAUAAUGAAUUCUAAACGGUAAAAUAAAGAACUCUUACACUGUAAAAUAAAGAACUCUAAACGGUAAAAUAAGGAAAUCAUUUACAGGAAAAUAAUGUCUCCUGUUUUUUUAUAUUACUUGUUGACAAACAUUUCUAUUCCAAAUAAUGGACACAUCUCGACUCUUUAACAAAGCAACACAUUCAUCGACAUUGGGCAUUUACCUUACAAUUUUAUGUAGCAUCCACGAAUUUCACUUUUAAAACAAAUAAAACUAUAGACCGGUAGUAUGAAACAAAUAAAACUAUAGACCGGUAGUGUGAAACAAAUAAAACUAUAGACCGGUAGUAUGAAACAAAUAAAACUAUAUACCGGUAGUAUGAAGUAAAAUUCCUUGAUUUGAAUAUGUUUCAGAAUUUGCGAGAGCUACAUUUUAUUUGACUAUAUUUCAGAAUCGUGAGCGCUACAUUUUGACAAUAGGCACAGAGGGUAAGAGCUGGUGGCUGGAGCACGGCAUUGGAUGUGAGGUGACCAACUCUAGUUGGGACGAUGGGGAGAUGGACUCUGGCCGCAGAGUCCCACCUGAAGCCUAUGUUGUUGGUUGUAUUCUACAAUAUUACUAUGUUGAAGUAAUCCAUGCGGCUGUGCAGUGCAUUUUAUCAGUAAGUCAGAGAUUCAUUCAUUGAUAUAUUUAAGAUAAUUAAAUGGUGUACUUUUUUUGGUUGUCUAUAGACAGGAAGUAGAUGGACCUAACGGCCAUCUUUGUUGUUCAAGAUCACUUCUGUCUUAUUGAUUUGAAUCAUAAAGGAUGUUACAAGGCUACACUUGGAUACCACAAGGGUGUUACCAGGCUACACUUGGAUACCACAAGGGUGUUACCAGGCUACACUUGGAUACCACAAGGGUGUUACCAGGCUACACUUAGUUACCACAAUGAUAUUACCAGGCUACACUUAGUUACCACAAGGGUGUUACCAGGCUACACUUAGUUACCACAAGGGUGUUACCAGGCUACACUUAGUUACCACAAGGGUGUUACCAGGCUACACUUAGAUACCACAAGGGUGUUACCAGGCUACACUUAGUUACCACAAGGGUGUUAUCAGGCUACACUUAGUUACUACAAGGGUGUUACCAGGCUACACUUGGUUACCACAACAGUGUUACCAGGCUACACUUAGUUACCACAAAGAUGUUACCAGGCUACACCUGUAUACCAUCUAGGGUGUUAUCAGGCAACACCUGUAUACCAACAGGGGUGUUGUCAGGCUACACCUGUAUACCAACAGGGGUGUUGUCAGGCUACACCUGUAUACCAACAGGGGUGUUGUCAGGCUACACCUGUAUACCAACAGGGGUGUUGUCAGGCUACACCUGUACACCAUCUAGGGUGUUGUCAGGCUACACCUGUACACCAUCAAGGGUGUUGUUAGGUUACAUUCAGGGUGGUCUUAAGCUAUAAUGAAUUGGUUGUUUGCAUAGUCCUUGUUGAACUUUGGUGGUUUUCACAAGUUCAUUCAAUAUGAUUUGACCACUGUGGGUAACUGAGUGAUGGCUUAGUUUUCAACUUGAUACUGGUAGUGUGUAGAUAGUGAUGUUCUGAUUGGGUCCCCUUAUUGCACAAGGAGGAUUUAUUUAACACUAUAGAGUAUACCUUUGAUGUCAGCCAACAUGUACUCUUAACUUAAAGAAAUAUAAGUACCUAUUACCUAUUUCGUGUACCUAUUACUCAUUGUGUGUACUUAUUACUUAUUUUAUGUACCAGUUGCCUAUUUUGUAUUACUGUGCAUCAUUAAAAAGUAACUAUAAUCUAUUUUGUAAUGCAGUCCAUAGCUUAAGUGUACAGAUAACCUAUUUUGGCAUUGGUACAAAACUAAAGUGUCAUAAUCUAUUUUGCAUUGGUACUGAACUAAAGUGUCAUAACCUAUUUGGCAUUGGUACAGAACUAAAGUGUCAUAACCUAUUUGGCAUUGGUACAGAACUAAAGUGUCAUAACCUAUUUUGGCAUUGGUACAAAACUAAAGUGUCAUAAUCUAUUUUGCAUUGGUACUGAACUAAAGUGUCAUAACCUAUUUGGCAUUGGUACAGAACUAAAGUGUCGUAACCUAUUUGGCAUUGGUACAGAACUAAAGUGUCAUAACCUAUUUGGCAUUGGUACAGAACUAAAGUGUCGUAACCUAUUUGGCAUUGGUACAGAACUAAAGUGUCGUAACCUAUUUGGCAUUGGUACAGAACUAAAGUGUCGUAACCUAUUUGGCAUUGGUACAGAACUAAAGUGUCAUAACCUAUUUGGCAUUGGUACAGAACUAAAGUGUCGUAACCUAUUUGGCAUUGGUACAGAACUAAAGUGUCAUAACCUAUUUGGCAUUGGUACAGAACUAAAGUGUCAUAACCUAUUUGGCAUUGGUACAGAACUAAAGUGUCGUAACCUAUUUGGCAUUGGUACAGCACUAAAGUGUCGUAACCUAUUUUGCAUUGGUACAGCACUAAAGUGUCGUAACCUAUUUGGCAUUGGUACAGAACUAAAGUGUUGUAACCUAUUUUGCAUUGGUACAGCACUAAAGUGUCGUAACCUAUUUUGCAUUGGUACAGAACUAAAGUGUCGUAACCUAUUUUGCAUUGGUACAAAACUAAAGUGUCGUAACCUAUUUGGCAUUGGUACAGAACUAAAGUGUCAUAACCUAUUUUGCAUUAAAGAAAAAAUCUCUUAGUAUACACAUGUUGUAAUACAGAACAAAUGUAAAGUGUACAUAUUUUGUAUUACAGAACAAAUUAAAGUGUGUACAUAUGUUGUAAUACAGAACAAUUCUUAAGUGUACACAUUGUAUUACAGUACAAAGUGUGCACAUUGUAUUACAGUACAAAGUGUGCACAUUGUAUUACAGUGCAAAGUGUGCACAUAUGUUGAAUGAAAUGACUAAAGAAUCCCAAUAACUUGUUCAUUUUGUCCACAGCUCGGAGGUUUUGUUGCUUCCCUUGUUUGCAUUUAUUCAUUUAUUGAGGAGAACGAUGCAAGUAAGUACUCUUUAUCACCUGGCUCUGAAACGUGUGCUUAUCGGUCAGCUUACAAUGACCACAUAGAUUCCUCCAUGCUCCUAACUCCGCGCACUCGACGCUUCCAUUCUCACCAGCAUUUACCUUCUCUUCCCGAUGUUGCUUUUCCGUAUUCACCUUUAUCUCAGAAAGUCCUCGGUGUCCCACCUCCGAACAGAGUGUUUGGCGGCACACCUCGAAACCGAGCAUACGGUGUCUCUAGUUCUACUGAUUCUCCCCCAGUAACGGUGCCCAGACCCAGAGUCAGCUACUUACCGUCACCUCUGUUCCAAGAGUUUGUCAACUUGUUCACCAGUCAGAAGACAUGCUCUUCCUUCUUUAAAUGGGACACUGCUGGUAAUCACCUUGACCAGUCAGCAAGGCUGGAAUUAAGAGAUGUACCAACUGAAGACAUGAUGGAGUCUAUGUAUAAAUACAACAUCCCAGAUGCUACUGUCAUGCUGAGCCUGGGCUCACUAGACUUAGAGCCGGACGAUGUCUUUGUUCUUCAGACAGAAUUGUAACUCGCUGGAAAAGGAAAAAAAAUGCCAGUCAAAAUUGUAGAACCAUUAAUCUUCAAACUGGCCAGAAAUACAUUUAAUUUACACAUGGAAAAUUGGUUGACAUUGUUUUAGCUUUAGUAUUGAUAGCCUACUCAGGUGCAAGUUUUAGAAUAAACCUAUCUCUCAUUUUUCAUUAACUAUCAACUCGUGUGAAUAAACCUAUCUCUCAUUUGUCAUUAACUAUCAAAUCGUGUGAUUAAACCUUUCUCUCAUUUGUCAAUGACUCUCAACCCGUGGGCAAGUACAACUCAUGUUCAGUCAUAGGCCCUGAAGGCUGAGUAUAUUUUUUUUUUUUUGUUACUCUUAACAAAGUUCUGGUUUAUAAUUUAUAACACAAACAAAUACUUGUUCAUUUCUGUCAGUGGUGCAAGAUAUCUCAGAUUGGGCACCACUAAAUUAGUGCAAGAUAUCUCAGAUUGGUCUACAAUAUAUUAGUGCAAGAUAUCGCAGAUUGCUUUAAACUAAAACUAAACUAAAACUCUGGACAUACCGUUACCAUAUUUUAUCCAAUCCAUCAUCUCUUGCACUGUGGGAAAAUGAAACGGCCGCAAUGUUACUCUUCUAACAUUAAUUUGCUGUUCAUUUGAUGCUAAUAUUUCUGAGUUGUUUUGGCUAAUCUGUACCGGUAAUUCUGAAUUACUUUUCUCAAAUGAGUUAGAACAAAAUAUUUUUGUUGUUGAAAGUACCUUUAUUAACAAAUGAUAAUUUUAUUACACCAAUACCAGAAUACCUAGUUGCCAUGGCAGCUACAAUAAUGAAUCAAAAUAAAUUAUCUUAAACUUAAACAUGGGUUUAAAUUUUAGACAAAAGCAUUUAUUUGUCCACAUGUAUGUAGAAUCAUAUGUUCAAGAAUCAGUGACGAAGGAAGUGGGGUGCUGAGGGCUGCCCCCCCCCCGGGGCAGCAGUUUUUACUUUGUAAGGUGGGGCUGCUUUUUCUGCAAACUGCAUUGUCCCCCCCAUGGAAGGGGGCUGGACUGGGGCAGCACUAACCCUGCCAAGAAUACACUCUAAUGUUCCGAUGUACCGGUACUUUUUAUAGCAUUAGAAAUCUAGUUUUAUUUCUUCUGUUGAAUAAAGGGAACAAGUGCUUGUCUAACUGUACACAAAACUAAUUUUUACUUUUCCCAAUAGCUCAAGAUACAAAAAUGGAUAUCAAAAUAUUUUUAAUUUAAACAUUUUAAGGUCAUUGGGACUUGAUGUAAAUUUUAAAAUGAUAACCUUCUUAAAACUCAUUGAUUUUCUACAGUGAGUUCAGCCAAUGAUGAGUUGGAGUUUGUCAAAAUGCGCUACAGAACUCCCACACACAUGGCUGCGUACAGAGAUGACAGAGAUGACAUGGCAUUCGACAAUAUCAACCUUACAACGGAUACAUUACCACAUUCCAACCCCGUACCCAGGCAGCGGGGCGAGCGCGAGAUGCCCCCCAGCUACGACACUACCAUGAGGAAUGCUCACGCCACGGCCGCAGCCAACCACUAUUACGCCUCCGAGAGGCAAAGUGUCCGCAGCAAGGCCAGCACCAGGUCAAAAAGGUCGACUCACCGCCAGACCAGUGCAAACAGCAACAGUGUUACCUACAGUGAACCAGUCCGGGAUCUUCCAUGGGUGCAGAUUACACCAAUGUCUGACAGCCAUAUGAUCCGUAACUAUCCAUAACUCCCAGAGCUGUGUGAUUUAUUGUUAUCCAUCAAAACUCAAGUGUUAAAAGGACCUUUGUUCACUCUCUAAGAUAUUUUGUAAAUUUAUUAUUAAAAGCAAAAGACAUCUUUCAGCAUAUUAUAUCCUCAUAUUUCUGAUUAUACUGUAAAUCUUUUUAUCUGAUGUGAGUAUAUUUUUUUCCAUAUAUAUGUCUAAUGAGAGUACCGUAUAUUUUAUCUAUUUGUCUGAUGAGAGUAAAUUUUAUCUAUUUUUUUGGUCAUCAGAUGUCUGUAUGAGUAAUCUAUUUUGUAUUGUCCGAUGUGUGCUGUUUUUUUUCCAAGACAGCUCAAUCUUGUACUAGUUGAACGACAGUUCAGACUUGUACUUGUUGAACUGAUACAGCUCAGACUUGUACUUGUUGAACUGAGACAGCUCAGACUUGUACUUGUUGAGCUCAGACUGAGACAGCUCAGCUUGUUGAGCUCAGACAGCUCAGACUUGUACUGGUACUUGUUGAACUGAGCCUGAGACAGCUCAGACUUGUACUGGUACUUGUUGAACUGAGCCUGAGACAGCUCAGACUUGUACUUGUUGCACUGAGACAGCUCAGCUUGUUGAGCUCAGACAGCUCAGCUUGUUGAGCUCAGACAGCUCAGCUUGUUGAGCUUAGACAGCUCAAUCUUGUUCAUGUAUGCCUGCAGCAUCCGUCCAGUACAAGGCAAAUGAUCUUUUGGCAUCUGAGCUCAACUGAUCUACAAUCAAUUAGGCAGGUCAUCUCUUUGGCUUGGUUGUAACUUUGUCUCUCUCCUGGCACUUCAUUUGUCCACCAGCCUGAGGUGAUGAGAGUUAUGUCACUGUAUUGCUUGACCAAGAACUCUAUCUGUAUCAUACUUAGCUCAGUAGGUUAGUUGGUUAGCAUAGAGCAGAUUUUACAUGGGG